AUGUCGGAUCACUCAAAUACCCAGACUGUAGUCUAUGGCUCGGUCCAUAAUCUCCAAAGCAUCGCCGUCACAACCUUAGAUCCAUGCAAAGAUGGUUACUGGGUGAUCUUCAUCCACGGUGGUGCAUGGCGGGAUCCGGCGGUUACAUCGACAUCCUUCAAAGCCACGGAAUCCAUACUCCGCGAGAAAGGCCUACCUAUUGCCGGAUUCGCCUCGAUCUCAUACCGUCUUAGCGCACACCCAAAUCACCCGCAAGACCAAAUAAAUACCGACCCGAAGGACUUCCAAGAUGCGAAACACCCUGGCCACAUCGACGACGUGGAGGCAGCGCUCGCAUUCCUGCAGAAUACAUACGGGUUCGGUGGGCGAUAUAUCCUAGUUGGCCACAGUUGCGGCGCAACGUUGGCCUUCCAAGCUGUAAUGGGCGCGGUCUCAGGUCAUCGUGAAGAGACUUCCACUGGAUCUGGCUCUCCAGGUCCCCUGCCACCUACAUUGACGGCGCAACCCAUUGCCAUUGUCGGUGUGGCGGGUAUCUACGAUCUGCGACGGCUGCGAGAUACGCAUGCUGACAUCUCGGCUUACCAGGAGUUUAUUGAGGGGGCUUUCGGGGCGGAUGAGAUGCUCUGGGAUGGUGUAUCGCCGGCCCAGGUGACUGGGUCUCGUGGAGUGGAAGGCGGCUGGAAGUCUGGAAGGUUGGCUGUUCUGGCGCAUUCCAAGGACGAUGAGUUGGUGGACGGGUCUCAGGUGGAGGCCAUGAAGGAGGCUUUGAGCAAUUGGGAGAAGACGGAGGCACAUAUACCUGUGCAAGAGGAUAUACACCGUGGUAGACGGCUCCGCGUCUUGUCAAUCCGCGGUGCUCAUGAUGAGGCAUGGGAGAAUGGUGAGGAACUGGCUCGCGCGGUAACAUUUGCAUUCGAACAACUGCAGGAAAUGGGACUGAACCCGUAG